ACAACCCAUUUACACCACCACCACACAAAGAAGUCCAGCAACCGAACUCAGUCAUUCAACAAUGGCAGCCUCCACCAUGGCUCUCUCCUCCCCAUCCCUCGCCGGAAAGGCGGUGAAACUCUCCCCCUCCACUCCGGAGCUCGGUGUUGGACGUGUCACGAUGAGGAAAACAGCCCCCAAGAAGGCUCCCUCCGGCAGCCCAUGGUACGGCCCCGACCGUGUCAAGUACUUGGGCCCAUUCUCUGGUGAGGCUCCAUCCUACCUUACUGGAGAAUUCCCUGGUGACUACGGCUGGGACACUGCUGGGCUUUCAGCUGACCCGGAGACCUUUGCCAAGAACCGUGAGCUUGAGGUCAUUCACUCCAGAUGGGCCAUGCUUGGAGCCCUCGGGUGCGUCUUCCCCGAGCUCUUGGCUCGCAACGGGGUCAAGUUCGGCGAGGCCGUGUGGUUCAAGGCCGGAGCCCAGAUCUUCAGCGAAGGUGGGCUUGACUACUUGGGCAACCCGAGCUUGAUCCAUGCACAAAGCAUUCUGGCCAUCUGGGCUACACAGGUUAUCCUUAUGGGUGCUGUUGAGGGUUACCGUAUUGCUGGUGGGCCGCUCGGUGAGGUGGAAGACCCGAUUUACCCAGGUGGAAGCUUUGACCCAUUGGGCCUUGCCGAUGACCCGGAGGCUUUUGCUGAGCUUAAGGUGAAGGAGUUGAAGAAUGGGAGAUUGGCUAUGUUCUCUAUGUUUGGGUUCUUUGUUCAGGCCAUUGUGACCGGAAAGGGACCGUUGGAGAACCUGGCCGACCACCUUGCCGACCCAGUGAACAACAAUGCUUGGGCUUAUGCCACCAACUUUGUUCCCGGAAAUGAUUUUGCCGGUGCUCAGAUCUUCAGCGAAGGUGGGCUUGACUACUUGGGCAACCCGAGCUUGAUCCAUGCACAAAGCAUUCUGGCCAUCUGGGCCACACAGGUUAUCCUAAUGGGAGCUGUUGAGGGUUACCGUAUUGCUGGUGGGCCGCUCGGUGAGGUGGUUGACCCGAUUUACCCAGGUGGAAGCUUUGACCCAUUGGGCCUUGCUGAUGACCCCGAGGCUUUCGCUGAGCUUAAGGUGAAGGAGCUCAAGAAUGGAAGAUUGGCUAUGUUCUCUAUGUUUGGGUUCUUUGUUCAAGCCAUUGUGACCGGAAAGGGACCGUUGGAGAACCUGGCCGACCACCUUGCCGACCCAGUGAACAACAAUGCUUGGGCUUAUGCCACCAACUUUGUCCCCGGAAAGUGAGCUCGGAAACAAUUAUGUGAAUUUGGAUUUAAUGUAAAUUUUUAUUUAUUUUUUUUUAAAAGUAAUUAUGGAAAGCAUGACAUGGAUUGUGUUCUGAUA